AUGGCUGAGGAAUCUGCAGUUCUGAUUUCAGUAGGAAAAAGAGUUUAUAGGAAAUAUCCAAUUGUGCUGCAGGAGCCUGUACAGUCAAAAUUCCAAGAAAAUAAUUUGAUGCUUUUAGAAGAAGAUGAUGGAGAAGGCGAAGAAGAAAUUGUGAACCUAGACGUCAAAGAUUAUGAAGACCUCAUGCAAGACUUAACUAAAAAAUAUGUAGUUGAAGAACCAAAAAUCGAAAGUUCAAUCAUUGAGACAAUUUUUUAUGAUUCACAGAUGAAUUCUUACACAUUAUAUAACAAGCUUAACAAUAGGCAGCAUUUCACAAUUGUGAUUGGGGCUUGCAGCUUAGACAGAACUGAAUACCAAAAAAGAGUUGAAUCAGAAACUCACACAGUCUUAAAAGGGAACAUAAAAGAUUUAACUGUAGAAAUCAGAGGAAAUAGCCCAGAGUUUGUAAUGAAUGCUAAUGAAAUGAUACUUAAUUUUCUCAAUAAAACACAGGCAUCAAAACCAUCAGAAUACAACGUCAUUAACCAAAAAACGAGAAAGCUAAUCAUGAUACUAAAGCCAUCAGAUCUAAACCCAAUACAAAUAGAAGCUGAUGAAAAAGAAGAGGAAGAAAAAAAAGAAGAAGAAAAAGAAACCAUUGAAAUUGAAGAAUACCCUGAAUUACAGAUGAACUGGGAUAAUAAGUGGCAAGGCUAUAAAACCAAUGUAAAAGAUCUGCCUCAGCCAUGCAUCACUCUUUUGUUAGCAAAUAAAGGGCAAAAUAUAAAAAAUUUAAAAUCAAAAAUGAGAAAUAACGUCGAGUUUUUGAUCAAUAAAAACACAAAAGUUUUAGAAAUUAUUGGAUAUACGAAGGAUCAAGUCAAGGAAGGGUAUGCGAAUUUUAUUAAAUUAGUAAAAACUGACCAAAAAGCUAUGAAAUCGUGGGGAUCUGGCAAAAAACAGAAGAAAUUCACCCAUUUCUUCGCUUUGAGCAUGGAGAACGAUCCAAACAUAGCUAAAGCACAACAAGAAAUCCUCACAUGCCGAAUUGGUAACUUUAAGAACGAUUGAAUAAACACCCCUAACAAAUUCCACUUGACGCUUGCAUUGAUGAAUUUAGAAUCAACUGACCAAACAGUAAGCCUUGUUAACAAUAAUUUAGACUCUAUAAAACGAAGCCUUCAAGGAUCUCCACUUAGCCUUACAUUUGAUAAAGUUGGCUUCUUUGGAAAGCCAACUGCUGCGAAUGUGCUUACUUUAGAACUUAAACAAGAUGCAGAAACAGAUAAGAUGAAUCAAAUGAACACUGCGCUUGUGAAAACCCUUAUGGAUGGAGGAAUUAUCAGCCAAGAAGACCUAAAAAAACAGAACGCUAAAUUAGUAGGAGGAAGCGUGCAGAAAGCUCAACAUUUGACUUUGGCAAAGUCUGAAAACAACCAGAAAAUGGAUAUUUCUGAUGUAUUGGCGAGGAAUUUUGUAUUUGAUAUAAAAGUAAACCUUGCAAGUAUUGAGCUGUUGAGCAUGGAGAAAGAAGAAAAGAAUUCAUCAUACCCAGUUGUGCAGACUUUCAGCUUAAUUUAA